AUGAAAAUCAUUAAUAUUGCAGUGUCUAGAGCACAAGCUGUUUUCCGCUACCCUUUCCUUUUAAGUCCUAGUGCCUUCUUCAGCUGGGCUUUGGUUGUCGGUUAUAACGUGGUGGAGUAUGCGUGUGUGUCGAUCCUGAUAACCUUCUACACACAAGAAGCUAUGCAAGAUCGUCUAGCUGAAGCUGCACUUCUCUUGUGUCUGCAAGAAGGCCUCGCUUCCUUCGCGGCUAUAAUUCUUGUUCACUUCACUAGGGAAAGAUUUGGUCAUCGUUUUUUCGCUAUUGUCAUCUCCACUGGUUCCUAUAUUGCAGGAAUAAUGGUUUUAUGGUCAUAUGCAAGACAGGAACAUCAAGAGAAGAACAUGCCUCUUUUCUUAGUGAUAUCUUUGCUUUUCGCACUAGGAAAGGGAGGAGCACAUCCACUUCUCAAGUCAUUUCUUGAGCAUAAUUUAUGUGAAUGCAACAAUAUUCGAUCACUAAAAGCCCAGAGCAAUGAGGCAGAGAUAAAAAGAGCAGAAAUCUGUAAGAACAUAUGGGUUCAGAGCUCUUGGAUUGUCGGAGCCACCGUAGCUAUCUUUGGCUUUAUGGAACUCCCAUGGGUAAGAGUUUUUCACAUCUCAGCUAUUGUAAUGACAUCAUCUGGUCUCUUGUUCCUUUUUGGCUCCAACAGUACGGGACAUAUUGGUCAAUCAUCAGUUCACAAAGAUGCCACCAAAGUCCCAAAACGAGUAAUAUCCGUGAAGUGGCUUUUGAUGUUUAGUUGCAUCGCAUUCAGCUUAGUAUUGGCUACUGGUAAUGUUUUCUUUCAAGAACAAGGUACUAAAAUGAAGCUUCCCGGAAUAAAAAAGGAAGAGGAUGUGCGGUUUUCUUUCAUGAUUGUAAUAAAGAGCGCUGUGAAUGAAAUCACCAUACUGAUAUUUUGGAUCUGUGGGGCUAACAAAAAACAAGGGAUCACGUUAGUAAGAAUUGGUACUGGGAUGCUUUGUGCCAUUAUAUGUUGUGUUAUAGCUUGGAAAGUGGAGAUUGAAAGAAAGAAAGUGGUGAAUAUUGAUAAGGACCCCAGGACAAGUGUGGCAUGGUUGUGUCCUCACUAUGUUUUAUUAGGAAUCGUGGAAGGGUUGGCCCAAAGUGGGUUAGAGGAAUUGUUGGCAGAUGAGGAUGAGAUCGAGACAUUGAUGAAUCCUGGGAGGCUUUCCAAAGACAUGGUUUCAUGCUUUGGCAAGAUAUUGGGGAUUCCUUGUAUUUUGAUUGUGAGGUGGUGGUUCGAGAACUUCAACAAGGAUGAAGCUCAUUUGGAUAGGUACUAUGUGAUGUUGGCAAUAUUUACGUUUGUGUUUUUCUGCAUUUACCUUUGUGUUGCUUUUGUAUAUAUGAAGCUUGUGCCUGAAGAUAAAGAACAGGAAGGUGGUGGCAUUGUUGAGGUUGGUAGUGAGUCAACUAGAGUGUAGGAGACUUACUUUUGGCAGCGUGUCAAGUGUAGUGUUUAGUUGUAUGUUUAAAAUAGAAUGCUGUUCAUGCUAUGCAGAUUGUCAAUCAGUGUGUGUAUCAAUAGCAUGGAUCUUAUAAGUAUGG